AUUAAAUACAAAUAUGAAUAUAACAACAUUAAUCGUACCAGAUGUAGUUCCAACGACAGCAACAACGGCAACCCCACCAGAUACCAUUGACCCAAUUCAUAAUAAUAAUACAAAUAAUAAUAAAUAUAUGUUAACAUCAUCAUCAACUGGUAACUUAUUAACCAAACCUCAACAAAGAGAAAGAGCAUCCACUACAACACCAUCACCAACAUUUUUAUCAAAUCAUCAUAACCAACAUCAAUUACUUCAAAAACAAACAUUUUCUUUAUUCGAUAAACAUUUAUCCAGUAGCAAUUUAAAUAAAUCUACAAAUUCCGACAACAAUGAAUCUACAAUAUUAUUAAAACCAACAGAGUUAAUAUUAAUGAAUAAAGAAAAAAAAAAAGAAAUUAGAAACGAACAACAACUAAAUGAAUCAUUGCAACAAUGGAAUAGUUUUUUAUUACCCAACGAUGAAAUCAUUCUAGCAUGUAGUUUAACUCUAAAAAGAUCAGGAUUAGUCAAGAAAGAAAGACAACUUAUUAUAACAGAUACUCCAAGAAUAUUUUAUGUAGAUCCAAUAAAAAUGAUUCAAAAAGGUGAAAUUGGUGUUGAUAACUCAUCUGCUCAGUUCAAAUCUUCAAAACAUUUUAUAAUAAACUCUAAAGGUCGUUCAAGACACUUUUAUGUAUUAAAUAGUCAAGCAAAACAAUAUGUGGAUUUAAUAAAUGAAUUAAAUAUGUUAUCAUUUAAAUAAACAAACAAAUAAAAAGAAAUAAAAAACU